CUUCCGGCAGCGCUCCACGCUAGCGACUAGUGACUGUCCCUUCGCCGGAACUUCCAUGAGUACGGUCGCAAGAUGGUGAGACACGGUAGCAAACUGAAUCUGAUCAUCCGAAUAUGGCUGACGGUAAUUACCUUCCAGCACGGUCACAGCGAGAAUGUCGAACCGAGGGCACUAGAAUUGUCAGUACCAUGGCGACCGUUAUCGUACCAUCUGCCCCAGGCACAACCACAACAGCACCAGCAGCAGCAGCAACAGCAGCAACAACAGCAGCUGAUCAGCGUUGCCAGCUUCGACACGACCAGCAAGGACGAAUUGGUUCACAUCGCACAGCAUAAUGCGCAGAUUUUGAAGCAAUUCAAUCAGCCAAUCACCCAGUACCAGCAACAGCAGCAACAACAGCAGCAACAGCAGCAGAAUAGCAUGAAGGUGCAGAUCACUACCCAUCAGCAGGCACCGGGAGGACCAGCACCGAGCCACCACCACCAUCACCUUCAUCACAAUGGAAAUUUGGUGCAGAUACAAGGACCGGCACCACCAUCCUAUGGUCAUACUCCGGCCGCCCCGAAGUACAUGACGACUCCGCUGCUGCAGACGAUCUAUCCCUCAUCCCCGAUCAAGGCGCAGCCACCGCAGAAACCGUUCGUCAAAUCGGACCAAAUCACCACGCUCAACAUGGUGCACAGUUCGACGCCAAAGAUUGCGGCCGCCAUCUCAUCGCACGGUGCGAUCGGUGUCAAAUCGGCCAAGUUCAACGGACAGUUUAGGUAAGUAAAGGACACUGCACCGGCAAUCGUACAGAAGUCUACCCUGAAGCCUCAUCCGGUCAUGAACAAACUGCAAUCGCACAUGGCCAUCGCUGGCUUCCGGCCGAAGCAACCGGUCGCUACCAGCUCGAACCGGUUGGAGCAAUUCAUCAAUCCGAACCACCUGUACGGUACCUACAUCACAUUUGGUCAGUCACCGGCUAGCCUCAGCCCGGUUCCGUCGAAGACAAAAUUCUUCGGUCAACUGGGCACGAGUCUACCGAGCUUCGAUACGCAGACACUGAAGAGCUUCUUCAAUGCUCCUGGCUACACACCGAGUGCGGCACAGUUCAAGAAGCUCAACUACAUCCAUCAGCAACAGCAGCAGCAGCAACAGCAGCAGUUGAGUAAUGCAGGAAAAUUCGCGUUUCCACAUUUCAACCAGAUCCCGGCUGAUUUGGCCGAGUUCCCGAAAAAGUAUGUUACUCCGUCAUCAGCCGAGAAGGAGUUGACGAAGGGCCCGGGAAGUCUAGACUCGACACCGCUGUUCCCUCAUCUACCGCCGAGCGUGCUGACACCGUUCUUCCAGCAAGUGCAGCAACAGCAACAGCAGCACAUCAGCGGGAAUAAGUAUAACAACUUCAAUCUGAAAACUCAACAUCCGGCACCACCGGUAGCUGUGCAGCAGCUUCCAUCACCGUCGUCCGGUUCCAAGCACAGCUUCUCCCAGUCCCAGUUCCAGCAUCAGCAGCAACAACAGGAGCAGGAAACGCUGGCUGCCUUUGGCAGUCAGUCCAUCUUCGGUGCUGGUGGUAGUUCGUCGUUUGGUUCCUUCAGCACACAGCAACCGCUUCCGAUCGAUCAUAAACCGUUCGAGAUCGUGAAGUUUAAGGAAUCGCCUGGCAAGCAGCUACCGACGAAGUAUAACGAGAUACGCGAUGAGUACAGCAAGAACCUGGUGCCGCCACCACCGAGCACCCAGCAAGCCUUCCUACCGACCGUGCUGAACCACCUCUCGGAGUCGGCCUCACCGAGCAAGGACCCAAUCGAGAUACUGAACAAGUACAACAUCAAUCCCCACUCACCGUUACAGGAUGCUAAUCGGUUUAGCUAUGAGUUCCCGGCGCGUCCAACGGCUGGUUCGCCUGUUUCGAGUACGGCCUCGUCAACGACUACCACCACGACGACGACGCAGUUCCCAACGGCAACAACCCUACCACGGCAGCAGUAUUAUCAGUCUCAUCAUUAUAACUCCCACCUCGAACAGUCAGCACAUGGUGGCUACCAUCACGGAGAGCAUGCCUUCCCCGGCCAACAUCAUUCGUCCUCGCCAGUGCUGGUGACGCCGAUCAAUGAGCUGGGCGAUGGCGGAUUGUGGCUCACGCGUGAAAAGUAUCUUACAACGGAGAAACCGAACGUGUUCAAGAACCUGUUCCGUCCGGUGGAGAGCGAAUACAAGCAGCACAAGCUGAUGCAUCCUUCCUACACGGGACUACCACCGAACAGGCGACCAGCUUCAACCGCUUCGACGACCACAACGACCAUAGCCAGUGGCAGUGCGACGACCAUCUCACCGUGGGAUCAAUCAACGGAGGAACCGGUCAUAACGCACAGCUUCUUCACGAUCGAGGAUGCGAUCGCAGAUCCAACGCUGGUUCCACCGAAAUCGAAGAAUAAGUACAAGUACACGACGGAUGCAGAUGAAGAGAACCGCCAGGAUGAUUUGCAGCUCGAGAUCGUCACGAUCGGUCCGUUCGUAGCUUCGGAGGAAUCACCGAUCAGGCCCUUGCUGACGACGACUGCACCGAUCAGACCGAACCAGGGUCCAUCGAAGGGUGCAAGCUCACCACACAGACGUAGACGCCCAAAACCCAGCAGUACGACGACCACUGAGUACUCCACUGAACCGGAUUCAACUGAAUCAACCACAACGACGACGACGACGAACGCGAUCACGGAUAGUCGGAACCGGAAUCGAAUUCGCUUCCGUCAAAAGUCCGUUACAACGCUGCUACCAGUACCGGUGGAAACGGAGGCCGUGACCACUUUUAUUCCGCCGACUCCACCACCACUGGCGGCAUUCGCAUCGAGCGAGGAGUUCGACGUGGCGGCAAUCAAAAAGUUCCGCAAGAAACCGCAUUUUACAAGGAACCGGUACACGGUGCUGAAUCAACGGGAGGAGGAGCGGCCAGUACAAUUGGAUGGUACAGAACCUUCGCUUGCUACACCACCGGCGACGACUACUACGACGACCACUACCACCACAACAACCCUCCAUGCCAUUUCGCCAAGUGCCGAUGCUGCUCCAUCGGUGUCGCCUGCACUUGGCGGUGGAUUCCGAUCACGCUAUCGUCCACUACCAGCGUCGCAAUCGACGAAAGGCAGAGAUUCCCAGGAAGAAACGACAGGUGAUGUGGCCGGAUCGAAAGUUACUUCCACCCGGCACCAGAAUCGACCCUUGCCAACGACGGCAAGCACUGUUGCGGAUUCGAUCGUUGCAUUUAAUUCGGACGAAUCGGCCAGCAACUUUUCCGAUGGUCAGAACAAAACGACCGGAACUCCUGGUCGCGGUGUAGAGCUAAAUCGACCACGCUUCAGCAUCAAGGAGUACCGGAACAAGCUUAACCGAACGACGUCAACUGCACCAUCACCAACACCGGCGACCGGUGGUGAUGGUGGCGGAUUGGAAACGACAACGGCCACCAAGCUGCGCUUCCCUACACGCAACCGGUUCUUGCUUAAUGCACGGCUCAACAAAACAAUCGAGACGAACGAAAUCGCCCCUACCGGUGUGGGCGCAACAACAGAACGGACGGGCAAUGAAACGACGACGCGUAGUUCGUUCCGUCCGCAUGGUACACGCACCUACAAUCGGUAUACGGGGAAGAAGCCUUCUACUGAAACACCGACCAUCGGUACUACGGCAAAUCGAGGACAACCGGCCAGUGUCGGUACGUUGGUGAAUCGGGGUCGCACCAAGUUGGGCGAGGCUUCUGCCAAUCGAACUGCUUCGUCCGGUUCCCCCGGGUCCACUUUUAACACGACGGCUUCACUGAUUAACCGCCGUCCACCGAAGAUCACGCUUCGGCAACGGAUCCAAAACUACAACCGUAAGAAGGAAAUGGAACAGACCGGUAGUGGCAACAUGGACACAAUAGAUGAUGGCACGCUAAAACGCGACGAAACUGUCGAUUCCACGCUGGAUCAGAACAAUCUGGUUGCUUCUUCCGGGGAACAGAACCGCCCGAUCGAUGAUAUCGGUUCACUUGGAGAACAACAUGCUGGCGAAACGAAUAGUGUCCUACGAUCCGGUUCCGUUGGCGGCCAGGGCGAUGAGCGAGGAACAGCGACGGCUGUGUCCAGCACUACGGAAGGCUAUCGACAUCAUGAGACGGCCAUCAUGAAGAUAUCGCCCAAGGAGACCAGCGCAAACACGGGUGACGAUUAUGAUCUGAACAGUGCUUCGUCCGACUACUCGAAACGGGUCGUCGAGCUGACUUUGUCCGGUACGGCGUCACGGGAUCGAGGCAGCUUCAAAUCCGUUAAUAAGGGGCUUCUUUCGCGCAAGGUGCCCGGAUACUUUACGCUUGCGACCGAAGACCCAAUCCUGCCGAUCGAGGCAUUCUUUCCGCAGGUGAAGAAACCGACCGGUGGCCUUGCGUGAUGCACCUACUAGGCGCGCUUAGUCGAGUCACAUCGACCAACCGAAUCGAUCGUUAUCAUCGAUCGUUCAAUCUGUAAAUGAGUGAGUGUAUGUGAAGUCUGAAGGCCACCACCAUUAUCCCCGGCCGCGACGGGGACCAUUAGUAUUUAAAUGGAAGUAUUUAAUACGCUGGAAGGAAGCA